CCUUAGAGGGGUUUUACUUUGUUGUAAAUAAAAUAAGGGCAGAAAUAGCUCCGGGGUGCUGCCGAAUCGUUUCAUUUGCGCAGUUGCAUACACCACACAUUAGUAAAGACCGACUGACUGCAGCAUCAACACAAGGGUGCCAGCUCCUUUCACUGCAGCGGGGCUGAAGCUUGCACUCUCAGUCACUGCUGCGCGUCACUUACUUCAGUGCAACGAGAAAAUCAAGAGAGGUGGACGCGCAAUGACAGAAAGGGGAUUUUAAUCGUGGAGAUAAGAAAAGGAGGACCGGUGAGAGGCGAGCUGCAGCAGCUACAGCGGUCCGCAGAGCUGCCUAACGGUAGAGGGGGUUGGCCAUGGUCGGACGGGGCCUGUGGGUAUGUAAACCCCGGUUUGGAAAAAGGGGCAGCAGGUUUGGUGUUUUACCUUAUCUGUGCGCGGCAAUAGCGAGUUUAGCCAUUCUGGCUCUGCUUUUUGUGGACUGCAUCGAGUCAUGGGUCACCUCCAUGAGCAUGAACACGGUGGUGGAGAUGCACGCAGCCAUCAUCCCCCCCCAGAGCGUCCCCCCCACCAGACCCGAGGAGUUUCUGCUCAUGCCCAGCCCGUUGGUGUGCCAGCGUGCCAAGCCUUACCUCAUCAUCAUGGUUACUUCGUCUCCUGUCAACCAGAGGGCCCGCCAGGCCAUACGGGACACCUGGGGAGGGGAGGUGGAGGUGAGGGGCCUGCGUGUCAUGACUCUUUUUAUGGUGGGGGUGGCUUCUGACCCCGGACUGGCCAAGCUGCUGAUAGAGGAGGCCAGGGAGCGAGGAGACCUGAUUCAGGGGCGUUUUCUGGACACCUACUCUAACCUCACCCUGAAAACCCUGUCCCUGCUGGGCUGGGCCCGCAGGUUCUGCCCUCAAGCCCACUUCAUGGCCAAAGUGGAUGAUGACGUCCUGUUUAAUCCCAGUGCCCUCCUGCACUUCCUGAACAGGAGUCGUAACCCCUACGAACAAGGAGACUUGUACCUUGGCAGGGUGCAUCUCCAUGUGGCCCCGGACCGUGACCCAGAUAGCAAGCACUACCUUCCUUCAGGAGCCUACCCUCCUUCUGUGUUUCCAGACUAUUGCAGUGGUACAGCCUAUGUUCUGUCCCGCUCCGCACUGCUCAAGAUUUCCCUGGCAGCCUCUGCAUCACCUCUAUCCACACCUCUGCCCCCAGAGGAUGUGUUUGUUGGUUUGUGUGCCCGGGCAGCUGGAGUGAUGCCCUCACACUGCCCGCUCUUCUCCGGGGGGCCAGGUGUGCCAUACGGGCGCUGCUGCUAUCAGGCCAUGGUGUCCAUCCACCACAUUCCACCCAGGGAGAUGCUGCACUACUGGGCUGAUGUCCACACAUCUCGCCCCUGCUCCUGGCUGAGUAUCCGGGCUUCUCUGGGGCUCUGCAAGGUCAGGGCAAUGCUGGGGACGGCUCUGGGGCUGAAGCAGGGCUUGUGAAGCUUGAUAAGAAGAAAAGGAAGGAAGCAAACUGGACUUAUUAGGGCUGUGUCUCUAUACUGUGAACAGCACAAGUGCUCGACAGGCUAAAAAUGUCACUUUAUUUUUAUAGCUUAAUUUUUUUAAACACAAUUAUGUAUUUAACUGUUUGGUUUGUUUUUUUUGCAGAAAAGAGGACAGGCAGCUGGUUGUAUGUCACAGUAGACUGUGACAUCAACUUUUGUUUUUACAUGGACACAUUUUUUAGACAUAGAACAAAACACUGGCAUGCUGGUACUGUAGUAUACAGCGAGGAAAAACAGCUGCUUAUCUGCACAUUGAAACAGGUAUUUCACAAAACAUACCUGACGUCUAUAGGUUGCUACCUCAUACAACACCUAUGUAUUCUAUCACCAGGUACUUCUGUUGUAAAUAUUAGUUUAAUAAGAUUCCUAAAUGCAUGAUGCUUUAAACUAAAGUACAAUAGAUAUCAAACUACAUGCUCAAAACAGAAACUUAGUCACAACUUAGAUUCAGUGCAACCUGCCAUUAAUUGCACAAUGGAAAUUUGAGACAAUAGGAUGUAUUCUGACAGUUGACAGAUACAUUUGAAUGUCUGUCUUUGAAAGCUCAGUUAUUGCAGCUCAUUUACUUAAAUUAAAAAAUAUAACCAUUAAACUGAUGUGAUACACAGCUGUAUUCCUCAUAGCGUUCAGUAUUAAUUACCUUUCUUUGUAAUAGUGAGAUUAAACAUUGAGUAGUAUUGUGAAGAAGUGUUUGGACUGAAUUCAGUCAGAGUACAAAAAACAGUUCACAAUGUUUUGGGAGAAAGCCUAGAAUGCUCCACCCACAAUGUUAACAAAAGGAGUGUCAGUGUUUUAACACUCAGCAAACAUUUGAAAGAAAUGCUGUUAGCAAUAAACCGCUCUGUAUCUUAUGUAGACCUGAUGUCUUUUCUUAGAAGAGGAAACCUCACGGAAAAACACAAACAGGAAACAAAUCAUCAUUUUCUCGUAACCUUACGAGUGUCCUCUUUUGUCAUCCAUAAUCUUCCUUACUUUUUUGUUUGUUGUUUACAUACCUGCAAACUAGUCACCUUUCGGCGAAAUUGACAUAGACUGUAUAACCGACUGUAUGAUGAGCAAGAAACAAGUUUGCUAUCUUCACAAUAAAUAAAAUCUUUGUUCAAA